UGCUCAUAUUGGGCCAAAAUUCCCUACAUGGACCUUAUUAUCAUUCUUGGACCAAAUCUUAGGCCCAAAAUCACAACUAGGGCACCACUAUAUAAUCUCCUCCCCCUCAUUUCUCCCUCAAAAAAAAACCGGCAAAACAAAAAAACCGGCGGUCUAAAAUGGGUCGAGUAAUCCGAGCACAACGUAAAGGAGCCGGUUCAGUAUUCAAAUCCCAUACCCAUCACCGUAAAGGUCCGGCCCGAUUCCGAACCCUAGAUUUCGGCGAGCGUAACGGUUACCUAAAAGGCGUCAUCACUGACGUCAUUCACGAUCCUGGUCGGGGCGCCCCGUUAGCCCGGGUCACAUUUCGUCAUCCGUUUAGGUAUAAGCAUCAGAAGGAAUUGUUCAUUGCUGCUGAAGGAAUGUACACUGGACAAUUUGUUUAUUGUGGGAAAAAGGCGAAUUUGGUUGUUGGUAAUGUGUUGCCAUUGAGAUCGAUACCGGAAGGUGCUGUGGUGUGUAAUGUGGAGCAUAAAGUUGGGGAUCGAGGUGUUUUUGCGAGGUGUUCGGGGGAUUAUGCUAUUGUUAUUAGUCAUAAUCCUGAUAAUGGGACUACUAGAGUCAAGCUUCCAUCAGGAUCGAAAAAGAUUGUGCCCAGUGGAUGUCGUGCCAUGAUUGGUCAGGUUGCUGGUGGAGGACGUACUGAGAAACCAAUGCUCAAAGCUGGUAACGCUUACCACAAGUACCGUGUGAAGAGGAACUGCUGGCCUAAGGUCCGCGGUGUUGCUAUGAAUCCCGUGGAGCAUCCUCAUGGAGGUGGUAACCAUCAACAUAUUGGUCAUGCUAGCACAGUACGUCGUGAUGCACCUCCUGGACAAAAGGUUGGUCUUAUUGCUGCAAGAAGAACUGGUCGGCUUCGCGGUCAAGCUGCUGCUACUGCUGCCAAGGCUGACAAGUGAUGACGCUUACGCCAUUUGCUUGUUACUCUUUUUUAUCUUUCUGUUGUUUCCUCAUCGAUUUUCGAGUAUUCGAAGCUAAAACCAUUUUGUAGUGAAGUUGUAGCAUGCUAAAUUUUGUUGGGAUGUUUGGUAAUUUUUGUUUUGAUAAAUCCUUGUUUGGUGCA